AUGAAGUCGACUCUUUUCUUUUCCUUGGUGGCUGGCGUCGCUUUGGCGGCACCAUCGGCAAAGUACGAUGAACGACCGGCUGGAGUCUGUCCAGUUGGUGACGAUCAAGUCUUGAAACUUUUGCGAAAUAUACCCGGUGCAGACAAGUUUUGUGCGGCUUUUCUCCAUGUUCCCGCCAAGACCAUCACCAGCACCAGGACGACUACUCCUGAGCCUGCAACCAUACGUCAAACUAAAACCGUGACGAAGAAUCCGAACACUAAAUGCAGUAAAACGGAAACACUCACGUCAACUAUCACUAGUCAAGUACUCAGCACGAAGACAGACUACGUGACUGAUACUCUCGAUGUGGUCACCGUCACCAAUGUUCAAACAGCCACGGUCACUAACAUCGAGACGGCCGCUGUUACAGACUCUUCAUACUUGACCAUCACGCGUCUUGUGACUGGCUACAUUACCAACACGUUGUUCAACACUAUUACGGAUGUUACUUCUCAAACUUCCACGGACGUAUCUACCAACAUCGUAACAGUCACUGCUUACGCUACUUCCUUUGUUACGGCUACUGUCUCCAACUUUUUCACAGACUUUGCAACGAAUACACAUACCGAUGUUAUCACUAAGAGUGUGACAAAUGUUCAUACAAAGACCAUCACUCUGUCUUUUACGGAUACGGUUACUGCUACUACAACGAAUACAGUGCCAAUGACCACAACACAGACUGUUGAUGCAACAGCCACUGAGACUAAAGCUGUUACUGAUUAUGAAACCGAGUACGAUAGUGUGACUAAUGUGGUCUCGGCAACUGUUACCGAUUACACCACAGCUACUCUCACAACGGUCAAAUCAGAUAUCUCUACAGUCAUUACGACAGCAGUUGUAACUGUUAAACCACCACAGAAACGCGGCGUUCACCAACGACAGCCCGUCGUGAACAACGUCUUGCCAACUCCGCCGGCAUUGAAGACGGUUCCCGUUGGCGCUCUCUCGCGCGCGUGUUCCAAACUGCAUCCUACCGGACCCACGACAACACGUGUGGUUACAAAAACGGCCGCAAGACCAACAGUUACCAAGACGUUGACCACGACAGUCACUGGCCGUAAAGACACUUUCUAUGUCACGAAAUAUGUUACCAAAUAUACAACUAGUGUUACUAGUCUUGUGUCAACCCUUUUCUUUUCACCCACUGCUACUGUCACGGCGACAGACUCGGUUACGGUGCUUGGCACCCUGACAGUUACUCGACCAGAAACGCUUACCGUCACGGAUGACCAGACCACCACAUUGACUGAAGCUGUAACCACUUACAUCACCACCUAUGUUACCUCGGUCGUUGUGGUUGAUAUUACUCAAACCGCUACGCAGACCGAGGAUCGAACUACUGUGGUAACUGACUACAACACCGCCGACAUUACAUCCACCCAGACGGUUGACAUCACUGUUUCGCCGACAGUCACGGAGACAGAAGACGUAACCACAACCGAUACGAGCUCGACCACGGCAACAGCUACACAGGUGAACACGGUUGACGUCACGGAUGUCUCAACCGUUACUCUAACAUCAGUGAAAACCGUCACCAUAACGCAACCGUCAACUCUUUACACCACAAUCACAAGCUCCUUCGAGCAGACCAGCACCAUCCACAAGACGGUGACUGUUGAUGUUACCGUAACAAAAACAGUCUCAGCGACAACCACCACCACCGUCACCGCUACAACCACCCAGGCAGCGCCCACAUGUGGAGUGAACUUGGUCAAAAACGGUGACUUUGAGACCAAAGCUUUAUCCCCAUGGUCCUGGGUCGGCACUAGAAGCGGCAGGAACAGAUUUGUCAGCGGCAACAAGAGCGACUGGGCAAUUGACCUUUAUGUCGAUGGUAAUUCAGGGUCAAGCUCCUCAGUCAUCUCACAGACGAUAUCUACGACCAAUGGAAAGACGUAUACCUUGUCGUUUGACUUCCAGCCUGCAUCCAGCGUCGGCAACUCACAGUUGACCUGCUCUGUCGAUAACUCGAACGGAAACAAAAUCACAGUGAAGGCGAAUGAUGGAAGUUCCAACAAAUUUACCUCGGUUAAUGCUAUUAACUUUGUGGCAAGCUCAUCUUCUACCACGGUUACUUGUCUUUAUGGUGCUUCGGGCAUAUCACACUUUUAUCUGGACAACGUGUUUAUUGCUCAGCGUUGCUAG